UCCUUCGGAGCAACGCUGUUUCUGUGAAGCUGGUUUUUGAUCCGCGCGUCUCAUUAUUCUGGUUGAACGCAGCCGUUUUUAGUUUUUCUUCUUCCUGCGGUUCUUGUUCGGCUGCAGCCGACAUGAAGACCUUCUGCGGGAGAGCGAACCCGAGCACCGGAGCGCUGGACUGGGUGGAGGAGAGCGAGGAGUACGACUACCACCAGGAGAUAGCCAGGUCGUGUUACGCCGACAUGCUGCACGACCACGACAGGAAUCAGAAAUACUACGAAGGGAUCCGUUCCGCCGUCAGCAGAGUCAGAGCUCGAGGCCAGAAAGUCGUCGUCCUCGACAUCGGAACAGGAACCGGACUUCUGUCCAUGAUGGCCGCCACCGCCGGCGCCGACUUCUGCUACGCCGUCGAGGUUUUCCGUCCGAUGGCCGAAGCCGCUCGCAGCAUCGUGGAGAAAAACGGUUUUUCAGACAAGAUCAAGAUCAUCAACAAACACUCGACGGACGUCACCGUGGGUCCAGACGGAGACAUGCAGGAGAAGGCCAACGUCCUGAUCACGGAGCUGUUCGACACGGAGCUGAUCGGUGAAGGAGCGCUGCCGAGCUACGAGCACGCUCACCAGAACCUGGUCCAGGCGGGCUGCGAGGCGGUUCCUCACCGGGCCUCCGUCUACGCUCAGCUGGUGGAGUCGGAGCUGCUGUGGAGCUGGGCUCAGCUGCAGCCGCUGGAGGUGGACGGCGCCCGGCUGGCGGCGCCGCCGGCCGUGGCUCGCUGCGCCGGGGCGCACUCGGUCUGCGACAUCCAGCUGAGCCAGGUGGAUCCGUCCAGCUUCACGCCGCUGGGCCCGGUUCUGUCCAUGUUCAGCGUGGACUUCAGCAAACCCGUCAGCAGCUCCUUCCAGGCCCACUGCUCCCAGUUCACGGCUCGGUCCGGCGGGCGGGCUCAGGUGGUUCUGUCCUGGUGGGACCUGGACAUGGAUCCAGACGGGAGCAUCGUGUGCAGCAUGGCGCCGAGCUGGACGUACCGGCAGCCGCAGGACGCCCCGUGGAGGGACCACUGGAUGCAGAGCGUCUACUUCCUGCCGGCGGAGCGCAGCGUGAGCGAAGGCGACGAGCUGCGUCUGACCGUCUGCCACGACGACUACAGCCUGUGGUUCAGCCUCAGGUAGACGCUGCUGCAGCACACGCGUGCUCCGCCCCCUCGGCCCUGCUGCACCUGUCAGGCUCACCUGGUCUGGACCCGGCCACGUUUCGGCGAGCUCAACGACCGGCGGCGGACGGAGAGCUACGUGGGCGCCCUGCGGCAGGUGCUGAGAGACGACGACGGCGUCUGUGUGUCCGUCAGCGAUGGGAGUCUGCUGCCUGUGUUCGCCCACAUGCUGGGAGCCAAGAAGGUGUUCGCUCUGGAGAGCUCCAGGAUGUCCAGGCAGGUGGUGGAGCAGGUGUUGGAGGCCAACCAGAUGAAGGGAGGCGUGGAGCUGCUGGAGAUGCGACCGGAGCAGCUGAGCAGCAGCGACCUGGGAGGACAGCAGAUCUCGGUUCUGGUCGGAGAGCCCUACUUCAGCACCAGCCUGCUACCGUGGCACUCCCUCUGCUUCUGGUUCUGCCGCUCGGCUCUGUCCGGCCUGCUGCGACCUGACGCCUCCAUCCUGCCCGGAGCCGCCUCCCUGCACAUGGUGGCCGUCCAGUUCCAGGAUCUGUGGAGGAUCAGAGCUCCGUGUGGAACCUGUGAAGGCUUCGACGUCACGCCGAUGGAUGAGAUGGUUCAGAGCUCUCUGGAGUUCCGGGAGUCGCGGGAGGCGGAGCCACACCCCCUGUGGGAGUACCCCUGCCGGGCCCUGACCCGGUCCGAGCCCGUCAUGAGCUUCGACUUCCGCCACUGCGUCCCUCAGCAGCCAAUCAGCAGCCGGGGAUCGCUGCCCUUCGUCAGGGCUGGCCGUUGCCAUGGCGUCGCGCUGUGGAUGGAGUACCACCUGACCGAUGACAUCACCGUCAGCGCAGGUCUCACCGAACCAAUCAGCGAGCAGGGAGACUGCGUCUGGAGUCGACACAGGAAACAGGGAGUUUACUUCUUCAGGACGCCGGCGGAGAGCUCAGCUGACGGCAGAGCUGCAGUGUCCUACAGCUUCACCUUCGAGCCCAGCUCAGGAGACAUCAAGAUGGACUUCAGCGUCACCACUCCCUGAUCUGAGCUUCUCCUGCCAGCGCUUCAGUGUGUCGGCUCAUAAAACGUGACCUGAUGUAGUUUCAGAUGUCCUUCAGCUCAGACUGAACAUCAUUCAUGUCAACAUGUGCUUUUGUUUUUGGUGGAAAGCUGAAGGACGUUUGUAGUUUCUGCCUCAGUAUCAACAGUUCUGCUUCCUCAGACCUCUACAGUGAAGGUCACACGAGCCUCAGAUGGAGAAGUCCGGUAACGCAGCGCCGCACCGCCUCAGGCUUCAGGCAGAGUUUACAUUAAAAUCAAGUUCUGUAAAGUAUUUAGGAUGAAGUUUGAGAAUCUUGUUUUCAGAGCUGAGAAAUUCUCUAUUUUCAGACACAAGUGAGCGUCUUACCUGGAAAACCAGACGGAGGGUUGAUUGUCUCUAGAAAUGUGACAGAAGAGGUUCCAGCACAUUAAAAUGAUUAAACCCCUCAAGCAGAA